CUAUGGCUGCAGAGGAGGUAUUGCAGAGCGUGGAUCAUUAUAAGACUGAGAUCGAAAGGUUGACUAAAGAGCUCACUGAAACAACCCACGAAAAGAUCCAGGCUGCUGAAUAUGGCCUGGUGGUCCUGGAAGAGAAGCUCACCCUGAAGCAGCAGUAUGAUGAGCUGGAGGCUGAAUACGAUGGCCUUAAGCAAGAGCUAGAACAGCUGAAAGAGGCAUUUGGACAGUCAUUUUCCAUCCAUCGCAAAGUCGCUGAGGAUGGAGAGACUCGUGAAGAAACUCUCCUGCAGGAGUCUGCUUCCAAGGAGGCCUACUACUUGGGGAAGAUUCUGGAAAUGCAGAAUGAAUUGAAGCAGAGCAGGACUGUGGUCACCAACAUUCAAGCAGAGAAUGAGAGACUCACAGCUAUUGUUCAGGAUCUGAAAGAGAACAAUGAAGUGUUAGAGCUACAGAGAAUAAGAAUGAAGGAUGAAAUCCGAGAAUACAAGUUUCGAGAAACUCGCCUACUUCAGGACUACACUGAAUUGGAAGAGGAAAAUAUUACUUUACAGAAGCUGGUGUCCACACUGAAACAGAACCAGGUGGAAUAUGAAGGCUUAAAACAUGAAAUUAAACGAUUUGAGGAAGAGAUGGUAUUGUUAAAUAGCCAGCUAGAAGAUGCCAUCCGGUUGAAAGAAAUUGCUGAGCGCCAACUAGAAGAAGUCUUGGAGACUUUAAAAAAUGAAAGAGAACAAAAGAACAACCUGAGGAAGGAACUCUCCCAGUAUAUUAAUCUCAAUGAAAGCGUAUAUAAUAAUCAUAUCAAUAUCUCAGUAGAUGGACAAAAAUUUGCAGAAGAUAUAAGUGAACCAAACAAUGAUGACAAAAUGAAUGGACACAUCCAUGGGCCACUUGUGAAAUUGAAUGGAGAUUACCGGACUCCAGGAAGGAAAGGAGAAACUCUACACCCGGUCUCUGACUUAUUCAGUGAGCUUAACAUUUCAGAAAUGCAGAAACUGAAGCAGCAACUUAUGCAGGUAGAGCGAGAAAAAGCUAUUCUUCUGGCCAAUCUUCAAGAGUCCCAAACUCAAUUGGAACACACAAAGGGGGCACUGACAGAACAGCAUGAACGAGUUCAUAAACUCACAGAACAUGUCAAUGCAAUGAGGGGCCUACAGAGCAACAAAGAGCUAAAGGCAGAGCUGGAUUGUGAGAAGGGCAGGGACUCUGGGGAACAAGCCCAUGACUAUGAAGUUGAUAUCAAUGGCUUAGAGAUUCUUGAAUGCAAAUAUAAGGUUGCUGUUACAGAAGUAAUUGACCUGAAAGCUGAAAUUAAGGCCUUGAAAGAGAAAUAUAAUAAGUAUGUAGAAAACUACACAGAAGAGAAGGCCAAGUAUGAGAGCAGGAUCCAAAUGUAUGAUGAGCAGGUGACAAAUCUAGAGAAAACUACAAAGGAAAGUGGUGAGAAAAUGGUCCAUAUAGAAAAGGAGUUGCAAAAGAUGACAAGUAUAGCCAACGAAAACCAUAAUACCCUUAACACAGCCCAAGAUGAGCUUGUGACAUUUAGUGAAGAGUUAGCUCAACUUUACCACCAUGUUUGUCUAUGUAAUAAUGAGACUCCCAAUAGGGUCAUGUUGGACUAUUAUAGGCAAAGCAGAGUAACCCGCAGUGGAAGCCUGAAAGGGCCUGAUGAUCCCAGGGGACUUCUGUCACCACGGCUCACCAGGAGGAGUAUGGUAUCACCAGUAGAAACAAGGACCCAAUCAGAAUUGGUUUUGAAAGAAAACACAGAGGCCAGCAAAGAACAAAGUCCAACCAAAACACCAACAAUCUCUCCUGUCAUUACUGCCCCUCCUUCAUCUCCAGUGUCAGACACCAGUGAUAUUCGAAAAGAACCAAUGAAUAUCUACAACCUGAAUGCCAUUAUUAGGGACCAAAUCAAACAUCUACAGAAAGCAGUGGACCGGUCAUUACAACUGUCACGUCAACGGGCAGCUGCACGAGAGCUGGCACCAAUGAUAGAUAAAGACAAGGAAGCCUUAAUGGAAGAGAUUCUGAAAUUAAAGUCACUGCUGAGCACAAAACGGGAGCAGAUAGCCACCUUGAGGGCAGUGUUAAAAGCCAACAAACAGACAGCUGAAGUGGCACUAGCUAAUCUGAAGAAUAAAUAUGAAAAUGAAAAAACGAUGGUGACCGAAACCAUGACGAAACUCAGAAAUGAACUGAAGGCUUUGAAAGAAGAUGCAGCAACUUUUUCAUCCUUACGUGCCAUGUUCGCAACCAGAUGUGAUGAAUAUGUCACCCAGUUGGAUGAAAUGCAAAGACAGUUAGCAGCUGCAGAAGAUGAGAAGAAGACACUAAAUUCACUCUUACGGAUGGCCAUUCAGCAAAAACUCGCCCUGACCCAGCGACUGGAAGAUUUAGAGUUUGACCACGAGCAGUCCAGGCGAAGCAAAGGCAAGCUUGGAAAGAGCAAGAUCGGCAGCCCUAAAUUUCUUAUAGAUUGUCAGCAGCCUGCUGCCUCCCUAUCGCCACAAUGCUCACAACUAACCAGGAGGCGAGACUGCCAGACUGUCAGUACUAAUGUCAUUCUCCCAGAAGAGCAGCCGCAUUCCAGCUCUCAGUGUGCCCCUCUCAACUGUCUCUCUCAGCCUCCUUAUCCCUAGUCUUCAUCUUCAACAGAAGAAAAAACAGAAUGGAAUUUGUACAGCCAUUAUGCAGGCUACUCCCCAGAAUUCAGCAGGCUUUUCUGCCUACUUGGUAAUGUGCAAAAAUGAUUUAUUUCUACACUAAUGGAAAUGGAAAGAAGGUUGAGAAGUAUACCACAAGCACAGAAGCCAGUCUGACAGGACAUUUGAUGGUUUCUCUGAUUGCAUACAUAGUUAGAUAAAGAAUGUUCAGUGAUAUGAACUUUAAAAAGAAAAAGAAAAUUCUGUUUCCAGAUACUUUACUUUAUCUCGGAAAUCAGAGGUACUUAAGUCAAUAUAAAAUAUAUGCUAGAAAAAUCACAACAUCCUAUCUUCCUCAUUCAGCCACAGAAUUCUGAUUCAGAUUUUUUUUUUCGGUCAAUGGUAUUUAUUUAUUUUUAUUUUAUUUUAUUUACACCACAAUUUAUGUUAGUAAAAUGUAAACCAGUUGUAUUUAAUGUUUAUGUUUAAAUAAGCAAAAUUAGCUGAAUUAAGUUUGAUUUUAAUUAUUUUAAAUUGGCCUGAAUUCGGCCAUUUUAAUUGCACAAAAUAAAAAAUGUGGUUCAUUGGAAUGUUCAUGUUAAUUUUGUAUUUGCACUGGUUGUGUUUAUGCACUUAUUUUCUAAUUAUUCAUUAGCUUCUUAUUUUAUUAUAGUUUUCCAGUGAAAAGCAGUUAUUGAAUCUAAGAAAGCUCUUAAUUAUUAUCAUUUAUUUUUAUUCAACUAUUUGAUUACACGCUUUUUUUUAGGAUUUCAGACAAGUAGAUGAUCUGGUGCUGUUCCAUUUUUAUGUAACUCAUGGAAGAAUGCUAAACAACUUGAAGUAAAAUCAUGUGUUUGUUUCAUUUUCUUUUUUUUCCCCAAAAGUCAAGGUCCCAGUAUGAGUCUUUACCUGUGAAAAGAUUACAAGUACAGAUGGCAAAACAUACAUGUAUAAAAACAUCUUUUAAAAAAAAAUAGUUCACUUAGGGCUAAAGGUUUGGGGUAAAGUUGGUGAUCUUUUUAUCUGCAAAACUUCCUUGCCAAAAAAAAUAAAUAUUAAACCUUAGUGCAUUGUCAGCUUAUGACAAAUACUCAGGUGCCUAUGAUACACAGAUUAUCUUGUGACAGUCCAGUGUUCCUAGCUAAGUUACAGAUUCUUUUACAAAACAUCCUAGGGUAUAAUUUAAAACAGUGAAUUUACGUGAUAAGUCAAAAAUACCUGACUUUAUUUUGCACAAUAACCUGACAGACAAGGAAAAUAACUAGCUGACCUGUAGAGUCUAACAAUCUUGGACUCCUCAUUCACCUUUUAAGUGCUACCCAUUAAUUGCUCUUAGCCCUAAUUCCUUGCUCUUAGUCAGGUGGCCUUAAUUUGUUUAGAGAAAAAAGGGUUUAAUAUUUUCAUGUGACAGUAUCCAUGACUUUUCUUCAAAUGCCACACUAAAAAUAGUCCACAUUUUUCAUAGGAUCAUAGAUUUAGAGAUGAAAGGUACUUUUGAGAUCAUCUAAUCCAACUCCCUCAUUUUACACAUGGAGAAGAAGUCAGGUGACUAGCCCAUAUGCACACAACUAGUACAUGCCACAGGCAGGUCGGGAAUCUCCUGACCUUGGCCUAAUAGUAUAGUGUCAUUGACAACAGAGGUCAAAUAAAAAUCAUUCAGGAAUUUAAGUUCAAUGGUUAUUAAAUUCUAAGGUAUAAAGUACAGUUUUUUCCCAGAAAUGUGCACCUGUCACAUGCCAGUUAAGAAGCAGCAACCAUUAUUUCCAAAACAAUUAAUGAAUUUACCUACAUGUGUGGCAGGUGUAACAAUGUCACUUACCAAAUGCAACUUGAGGUGAAUGGUGAGAUUCUGCACCAAAACAAAGAUUAAGGUUUCGGUUCAAAGAAAAUUAGAAAACAAAUCUUCACCAAAGUGUGACCAACUGAAACACAACAGCUUUUUGCUCUGCUUCUCAAUGCAUUUCCAAGCUGUUCCUGAAGAUUUUUCUUAUCUCAUUUUACCAUGGCCACCUGGUACCAUGUAGAUACAGUGUGUACAUUUUUUUGGGGGGUGAGGCAAUUGGGGUUAAGUGACUUGCCCAGGGUCACACAGCUAGUAAGUGUUAAGUGUCUAAGUCCGGAUUUGAACUCAGGUCCUCCUGAAUCCAGGGCCAGUGCUCUAUCUACUAUGCCAUCUAGCUGCCCCUAGUGUGUACAUUUUUAUUACAGGUGAGUCAGCAUUUUUUUAAUGGAAGCAUGAUCAUGCUGUUUGGACCUGGGAUGUAAUAUAGCUGCUACAAAGUUUUGUUUUUUUUUAAAUAAACACUCUUGUGCCUGAGGAAAGAUUUGCCUUUAAAAAGGACCUCAGAACAGCUUCCUAGAUUUCCUCAUUAUUCUCCUUGAUGGUACUGGGAAUACAGCGGGAAAUAAUGUUCUAAAAUUACAUGUGAACAUGUGUCAACAAUGCUUUGUUGCAUAUCUGGAUACCUGGACUGGACUUAUGACCCAGUGAAAAACCAGUAGAAAAUACAAAAAAAAUUUCUUCCCUCUAAUUCAGAUAAAAGUAUCAUCUCUAUCUAUAGCAUAUAUGUUGAUAUUAAAAGUUUUUGUUUUAAAUUAUCAAAAAAAUUGCUUUUACUUAUUUUAUCUAAAACUUGCUAGCAUAUGAAAACUUAGAAAUUAAUAUAUAUGAUUCCACACAAAAGCAGUUGGUAUUUAUAAAAUCAUAAGAUCUUAACCAUCAUCUAGUACUGCUCCUCUUUAUAGCUGAUGAUACAGGCCCAGAGAUUUUGCAAAACUUGUCCAAAUGAACCACAACACUAAAAAGAGCCAGCAUCAGAAUUGAAAAUAAGCUUUAAAAUUGUAAAACUGGUUACAAAACAGCCUGAGCCUCAGUAAGGGCAAGGAUAAGGUAACAGACUUGAAAACUAAAAAAUAACACACAGCAACAAAAAAAUAAAAAAGCAUUGACUAAGUAAACAAAAAAAAUAUUUAGAGGUUGCAAUAGCUAAAGAUGCUAUAGCUUUGUCGUUGUUUUAGGGAAGCAUAAUAGCAGUGUCCAUUAACAGGUGUGGAUGUUACAGGAAGGAUAAUCAGAUAUUGUUCACUUAAUGAACUACCAACUCUUUCAGUUGAGUUGGUUCUAGGCUCCACAGUCAAGAGUAUUGCUCAGGAUGCUGAAAAAACUAAGAUCACUAAAUAUUGAGAAAAUACUUAAGGAAGAUUAAAAGAAUGGGGAUAGUUUGGCUAAGUAGAAGAGAAGGGAAAAUCUUCAAAGAGAGGAAGAGUUUUGUCCCUCAUGACUGAGAACAGAAGAAGAAAAAACAAGAGAAUUAAAGAUUUAGGUUAGCUAAAAGAAAUACUUUUCAAAUAAAUAUUACAUUAAAAUGGAUUAUUAUGGAAGUUUAUGGAAUCUCCUGUAGAGUUGAGGCAUGGUUGUUUGGUAUUGUUUCAGUACCUUAAUUCAGGGUAUUAUGCCUUAAAAUAUCAUAGCUCUAAUAUUCCAUAAGCACACAAUUCUAUGAAAAUCUAAAAGAAAAAUAUUUUAAAUUCUCCAAUUGGACAUAAGAACACAUAAUAACCUUAGAAAAUAAGUCAAGUCUUAGCAUUUUCCAGUGUACCUAGCAAGAAUUUGCUUUUUGAAAAGCAAAAGAAAAGUUAGUUUCUUUCUAUCAAGCAAUACUCCCAUACUAUCUUUUUGUAACUGUUCAUACCACUGAAAUUAAUAGGCAAAAACCAACAUGAUUAUCAGAGGACAAUAAAACAAAUAUACUCAGUCAUACUUAGAAAAUCAAUGGUGAACAUUCCCCUACAAAAACUUUUCAAAUCUGUCAAUUUCAGAAAAAGUAGUUUGAGCCUACAGCUGUCUGGAUGUAAAUACUUUUACUCUUUUCCAUGUGUUGGAAAAGUCACUCAUUUCCAAAAAUGAAUUUAACCUUGGCCACAUAAGGACAAUGAUGAACAUCUGAAUCAAAUGACUUGCUGAAGAAAGAAAGAAAAAGGAAGGAAGGAAGGAAGGAAGGAAGGAAGGAAGGAAGGAAGGAAGGAAGGAAGGAAGGAAGGAAGGAAGGAAGGAAGGAAGGAAGGAAGGAAGGAAGGAAGGAAAAAAGAAACUUAUAAAGUAUGAGGAAGAGGAGCAAAUAAAGGAAAAUGUAGCUUCUACUAGAGAAUGAAUGUUAAUUUCUAUGUUUGACUAUAUAACUACAUAAGAAACAGUGUCUUUCAGAAAGACUUAUCAGGUGUAAAAACCUUUUCUGGAUUUUGAAUCAGUUGAACUAUAUGCUAGUGCAACAUUUUGUACCCAUAAACAUAUUAUUAACUGUUAAUAUGAAGUAGGAUUCAAUUUGAAGGAAAUUUUUAGGAGAAGAAAACAAUGUUUUGGCUGUUGUUUAUAAACAUAGGACAUUUUAGACUAAAUUGCUAUGCUUAAAGAUGUUUGAAAAGAAAUGGGGGGGGACACUUCUUCAGAAAGCUGAUAACUUAGAGUUGAUAGCAUAAAUACUGCUAACAGAGUCCUCAGUUCCCUUUUUUUUUUUUCAAACAAAUGUUCACUGGUCAUUUUAUGUCCAUGACAAAUUCAUCUAUUUCACAAAAUGCUAUCUGCAAGGGACCUUUAAAAAAAAGAGAUGGGGACACUGAAACCUGAAGAGGUGAAGUCAACUGAUAAUUUACUUUUGAAGCCUGAUCAUGUUAACAUCUAAAACAUUAUAGCUGCCAUUUAUCUAGACUUUCUUUCCCUAUUACACAUAGUAGUAUAUUUAGUGUUCAAAAAUAUUUCCCCAUUGAUGAUUUGUCCUUAUUUAUAUUCUAUUGAAAAAGAAAUUUUAAAAACACCCUAGCUUAAAGGCACAGGUACAUAUAAAUAUGCAAUGUUAAAAGUUUGCAUGAGAUUUUUUUUGUCAUGUAAGUUUUUUCAUAAUCAUCCUAUAAAUGCUUUAGAAUUCGCAUUUCUCCUGUAUUAGGAAUGUGAUACAUGUACUUGUUCCCCUUUACACAGAGAAAUGCAUGGCUUUAAUCUUCAGUUCAUUUUAAACUUCUUUACUAUGGAAUUAUUUAAAAUUUACCUAUUAAAACUGAAGACUAGAUAAACUUCUGGGCCAAAUCACUUUUUGUGUGAUUGGUAUUUAUUUGCUGGCUGCUAACACAUUGAUUUUUUAAUUAACUUUUUUAAGAAUUAUCUGUUAAUCAUUGUUUCAUAAUGGAAACAUUAGAAAGUUAAGAUAAUAGUCCUCUCUGUGAAGGUAUGACUUUUUAAAGCAAUGGUUACAUGUAAACAUUUGACACCACAAAAGGAAAAUUAAGGAAAUGUUAAAAAUCAAAUGGCCAAUCUUCCAAAAUAACUAUCAUAUGUUUAUUGGCAGUUAUUUUUUAAAAAACAAAAAUAAUUCUCCUCUUUUGGUUUCCAGUUAUGAUUGCAAAACAGUCUUCUGGGGAAAUAAAUUACCUUUGAAGUAUUGCCACAAAUUUAAAACAUUAUUUGACUGUUAGUCAAUUUGUUGAGCCUUUGAAAAUUAGUUUUAUGACAUUUUAUAAUUGAUUAUGUUUUUAUUUGCAUGCUACAUAUCUAAUAAACCAUUCAGGAUUCUGAUAUUAUCUUUCUUUAUAGUAUUAACAAUGGUGCAAUUUGUGGCAAACUUUGAUUUCUGUCUUGUACAAUUAUUGCUUUAAUGCAUUAACUUUUCAUUGAAAAUUUGUUAUUUUGCUCAUUCAGAGUUAAAUGAUGUAGAACUUUUUCUAGAUGGUAAUAAUCCCAUGUACCGACUGAUUUCAAAACUUAUAUCAAAAACUCUUCUUGUUUUGCAAAUCAUUUUAAAACCCAAAUGUCAAAUGAACUUUGUUGUCAAAUAUGUAUGGAUUUGUUUUAAAAUAUAUUUUUUUCAUGCAAAUUUAUCAUCCCUUUCUUUUAACUGUGGACAAUCCUAGAUGAAUGUCUUGUGAAAGAUUCAUACAAUAUGUGCUUGUAUUUGUGUAGUUCAUGCAUUGAAAUGGUUGAAAAGCCACUCUAGAGCUAAGAAAAUAACAGGAAGUUAAUUAUAUUGAUUCUUACCUCUUUGUUUCUGUUACCAGUUGAAUGCAGUGUAACAUAUAGAUAGCUCUUCCAACAGUAAAUAAACUGGUUAUCUUUUGUUCAUUUCA